AAACAUUAGUCAAGAAGUUAUCCAUAUAAUAAAGAAAAAUAAUAAUUGUUCAUAUGAUACACUAAAAUUGUUUUCUUAAUACAAUAAUUAUGGAGGUGGAAAUUAACCUUAAAUUUCCUAAAACGAAAAGAUCAAUUUGUCUAAUAAACGAUUGAGCCAUUUUAUCGAUUGGAGAAGGUGCCUCGUUUGAGGUUCCGAUUCCCAAGAUAUCUUUACACAAACUCCACUUCUCAAAGUAUAUUUUCCAUUUCUUCAAAAUUGUGACCGACCAAUUUCCGCCGAAGGCAAAUGGAGGGCUACGAAUGCAUAAAAAUCGAGCGACAAAGCCCAAACUCCGGCGUCUUCCAUCUCCGCCUUCACCGUCCAUCACACUACAACGCUCUCACAACCCAACUCUUCACCGAACUCCGUCAAGCCUUCUCACGUCUAGACCAAAACCCCGACGUCCACGUCAUCAUCCUAUCCGGAUCCGGCAAACACUUCUGCGCUGGAAUCGACCUCAAAUCGACAGCCUCCAACUUCGAGAAGCAUCUAUCGGAGGAACGGGGACGAGCAGGGGAAAGAAUCCGACGGGAAAUCAAGUGGAUGCAAGAGUCAAUCACGGCGAUCGAGGAGUGCCGGAAGCCGGUGAUAGCAAGCAUCCACGGAGGGUGCAUCGGAGGAGGAAUUGAUAUAGUAACGGCAUGUGAUUUGAGGUAUUGCACGGCGGAGGCGGUGUUUUCGGUGAGGGAGGUUAAAUUGGCGAUUACGGCGGAUCUUGGGACUUUACAGAGACUGCCGAGAAUCGUAGGGUAUGGGAAGGCGGCGGAGUUGGCGUUGACGGGCCGGGAUUUUUCGGGCUUGGAGGCCAAGGAAUUGGGCUUGGUUUCUCGAACUUUUGAUUCUAUGUCGGAGCUUCAAGAUGGAGUCCUCAAAAUUGCUGAAGAAAUAGCAUCAAGAUCUCCAUUGGCUGUGGUGGGAACAAAGGCAGUGCUACUAAAAAGCAGAGACCUAUAUGUAGAACAAGGGUUAGAUUAUGUUGCAACUUGGAACUCAGGGACUCUACUCUCGGAUGAUCUCAAAGAGGCCAUCUCCGCUCAAGCUAACAAACGAAAACCGAAGUUUUCCAAGCUUUAAGACGACAUAAACAUUUGACCUCUUGAUCAAAAGAGUAUAUAUAUAUGCUUUAACUAUUUGAACUACUUGAACUAUACUCAAGUUGGUUCGGUUUCUUCUUGUUUUCGAUAAUAACUUACGUGCUUUUCUUUUUUCGAUCAUCUUUGGUUUUUCUUGUUCUUAAUAAAAGAGAAACGGUAAACAUAUGUUUUAGUUUUCAA